GAGUAAAUGAUGAAAUAUUAGAACAAAAAUUUCGUCCUAUCUUUGCAUCAUUAAUUCGAGAUUUUGAUAUUUUUGUUAAAUGCAAUGGGUGCUUAUCUUUUCCAAUAAAAUAUCCUGUCGGUUUAUGUUCUAUUUGUGGAUUUUGGGCAAAAUAUGAUAUGAAUAAUUAUAUACCAAUUCAAACCAAUAAUAAUAUAUCCUUGGCCAAAUCUUCAGAUACAGAUAUCUUAGAGGCGGCACUUAAAAAUAUUUUUAAUUUGUCAGAAUAUCAAGAAUAUCAAAGAGAAAGUAUUGAAUCUUUUAUUAAUGGGCAUAAUACACUUACGAUUUUAAAAACUGGAGGUGGAAAAACAUUAAUAUAUGCUAUUGCCUCUCUUUUAUUCAAAGGAUUAACCGUUGUUUUUACACCACUAAAGUCUUUAAUGGAUGAUCAACUAGCAA